AUGGAUUACCAACGCGAAUGGCAAUACAACGCCGAAUCGCCCGCUUGUGGCGAUUACUUCGAAUCGAUCUGCUGCCCUUGUAUCGUCUACGGCCGUGCCAACCUUCGUCUCAAAAUCGCCUCUGAUGAACGCGAUGGCCAGGACAUCACAGAACGUCAAGUCCGCCUCCUGUCGUCCAACUGCUGCAUGUUUGCAUCCUGCUUGCCUUUUUACGGAUGCUUCAUCUCUGCCAUCCGAGGCCAAGUUCGAGAUUUUUACGACAUCCAGGGCGACAAGAGCCGGGAUUUGGCUGUGAGCUGCUGCUGUCCCAGCGAGACUCUGAUCCAAACCGAGAAUGAGAUUCUUCUUCGACAAGCCAGGUCUCGAAAAGCCAGCGGAGCCUCGUCUUCCACUGGGUAUAUCCCGCCUUCCCCUAUGACUUAUUCCUCGAGUUCAAGCUCGACAAGUCAAACAACCACUCCAAACACGGAAUGCGAUGAGCCACUCCCAUGCAUCCCAGAAGAGUGUUCGACUACAACUCCAUCUUCGAUGAGCAGUCGCCGUACCAGCGCAAGCCGGAGACGGGAGAGAUCGAUUGCCCGUGAUCCAGUCGCGCCCACAGAUGCGACCCUCGUCAACGCCCACGAACUCAGCCAGGACCCAACUACGCCGGCCAUGUACAAGGGCCACUCAGCCCCCCAUAGACUCAGCAAAGACCCGGCUUCCCUGACGCAUCCGCCUCCUACCCAUCACCUCAGGGACGACACCAAGGCGCAGGUUACCUCUCCCAGGACUGACACUCGUCCCAGCCGGCACAGGGGUCAUGGCUCGAGUCAUGAUCAAGUCGAUUCAUUCCGCCCACGAAGGGCCUCGGAUACUGGACACGACCUCCAUCAUGACCCAACGACCCGAGUCAAAUCUCCAUCGCCCACUGCUCAUUCUUUGCAAGAUGACGCGAACGCUUCUCCCAGAAGAUCUCCGCCUUCGAACGCUCAUCAUCUGCAACAUGAUGCGGUGAACUCUCGUACCAAAUCACCACGGCCACACACCCUCGAGGCGGAUGAGUCGGUGCCGAGUAGGUCCGCGGGCCCAGGGCCACACCAUCUCCAGCACGACAAGUGA